CGUUUGCAUCUAUCUUUUUUUCUAUCUUCAAGCUUCGCACUCAACACUACACAGACACAAAAUAGCAAUGGAGGAGCUUCAAAAACCUACCCAAAACACAAAUCUAGAACCUUUAAACUCCAACAAUGGCGAAACCUUUUACGAUGAUAUAGACAGUAACUGUUCCACUCCUUACGUGAGCGCUCCUUCGAGUCCAGGUCGCGGCGGACCACCUAUCUCCUCCGGUUACUUCUACAGUGCUCCGGCGAGUCCGUUACAUUUUUCUAUAACCGCUUCUUCCUCUUACCACCACCAAACUACUACAACCUCUUCUGUUCCUCUUAGUUACGAGUUUGAAUUCUCGGCCCGGUUCGGAUCCACCGGUUCAGCCGUUCCCGGUUCAAUGACCUCCGCGGAUGAGUUGUUCCUGAACGGUCAGAUCCGUCCCAUGAAGCUUUCUUCUCAUCUGGAACGUCCUCAGGUUCUUGCUCCUUUGCUGGAUCUGGAGGAAGAAGAUGAAGAAGAAAAUGAAGUUGUUCGUGGGAGAGAUCUGAGGCUGAGAGAUAAAUCUGUUAGGAGGAGAACCAGAUCUAUGUCGCCGUUGAGAAGUAACACGCAUUUGGAGUGGACAGAGAACGAGAACAACGAAGAGGACCAUCAUCAUCAUCAUGAUGAUAAUGAUAAUGAUGAUGAAGCUUGUGAGAUUGAAAACCAGAACAAUGAGAAUGGUGAAAUGGAGAAUGUUAAAGUUAAUGAGAUGGGUUUGGAGAGAAUAGAGAUAAUAACACCUCCAGAUUCAGCUUCAUCUUCUAGAUCUUCUUCAGCUGGAAGAAGCUCUAAGAGAUGGGUUUUCUUGAAGGAUUUUCUAAGAAGCAAAAGUGAAGGAAGAAGUAACAACAAGUUCUGGUCAACCAUUUCAUUUUCUCCUAUAAAAGACAAGAAAUCAAACUCUAGCAAUCCAAAUCUACAUCCCCAGAUUUCAAAGGAGAAAACUAAUGAAACACAUAGAAAUGGUUCAGGUUCAUCAAGUAAAGGAAGUUCAUCUUCUUCUACAUCUCAUAGCUGGGCUAAGAAAAUGACGGGAAAGCCCAUGAAUGGUGUUGGGAAGAGACGCGUUCCACCUUCUCCACAUGAGUUACACUAUAAAGCAAACAGAGCACAAGCUGAAGAGUUGAGGAGAAAGACGUUUUUGCCAUACAGACAAGGUUUGCUUGGUUGUUUGGGUUUUAGUUCUAAGGGUUAUGGGGCCAUGAAUGGCUUUGCUAGAGCCUUAAACCCUGUUUCCUCAAGGUGGGGGAUGUUACAGAAUCCGCGUGGUGUGGGGAGCCAAGUAGUUGGGUAAGGUCCCAUAGUAACAGCAAUAGCAUGGAAACAAACACCCAAUCAAUAUAUCACAAUUGAAAGAAAGAUGCUUGUGUUUUUGUUUGCAUCUUUAAAGUUCUCAAGUAUUUGUUGUAUAUAGAAGCAAAUUGCAUGAGAUAGUUGUCGGGAUCAUGGUAAUAAAAUUGAGUUUGCUGGGUCCAAACUUCUAAUAUUAUUGUGUUAUGAUGAUAGAGAUAUGUUUAGGUCUAGGAUAAACAUGUUGGCAAAUCUAUAAAGACAAAGAUGUGGACAUAAAGUAGAUUUAGAUUAUUAUGAUUAUUAUUAUAACUUAGAUUGGAGCUCAUGUAAAUCUUCAUCAUGAGAUGUCACAUUUUCUUUUUGGUUGCGUCUGAGUUACUAGCUAUUUUUUUCUUUUUAUAAUUAGUCUUUUCAGCCAUAUAUUUGCACGUUGCACCCUGAGAUUUUUUCUAACUUGGUACCCCACUCAUUACUUUCGUUAAAUGGUUUAUGUUGAUUAUUCUUUAGUUGUUACUGUAGUUGAAAGAAAAUUUGAAAAUGGAACUUAAUAAUAACUACGAAACAUGAGUCUGCAUCAAAGGCCCCAGCUUAUUUAAUAAGCUGGCCGGCGUUUGAAUUCGGAUAGCUGUUUCAUAAGUUGUGGCAAAUUUUAUAACAAAAAUACUUUGAUUGGCUUUUAAGCUUCAUAAAGAUAAGUGAUUAGUGAAGAAUGUUUAGUGGGAAACUAUUUUUUUUUUCUUUUUCUGGUUUGUUGUACUGGAAUAGUGCUUGUAGUACUAAAUAUAGGACAAUUCUAUUCCCU